AUGGAGGACCUGCCCCCGCCUUACGUCCCGCUGCUUGCCCCCGUGGCCGCCUUCGUGGGAUGCACGCGAGGCCACCGGGAGCUCUUGGGAAGACUCAAGGAAGUCCUUUCCGACCUCAGCGAGCGCGCAAAACGCGUCCAGGUGCAUCUGCAGGAUCUGAAAUUUGAGAUGUUGGAGGAGGCCGCGAAGGCAGUGGGGGAAGGGCGGGGGAUCGCAUCAGAAAUCGUUACCUGCCAGGCUACAGAGCAGGACGUGAUCGGCUUUCAGCUGGUAUGUGUGCGAUUGCCGUCUGUGAAUCUGCAAAAUGUACCUUCUUUAUGUGAUGAUAAUAGAUCAGCUGAUUAA